UGUCUCGUUACCUUCAUCGCCCUCCCCACUCGUAACUAAUGUCUGGUUAUUGUUAAGAAUUGUGACCUCCAGGCAUUGAAUUACAAUAUCAAAAGAACAAACAAAUUAUUUAAUGAUUUUAUAGUCAAGUUGGCUGCUUGUGUCUAAUUAUUUUCAAAUUGAUGGGCUCAUUCUCGACGUAAAUAAUUAUAACUGGUCGCUGCUCCGAGAUCGGCGAUUCGAACUAACCUCGCUGACAUUUCCAAGAAGCAUUGAUUUCUUCCAGAAAAAUGGACAACGAAAAACAGAAAGAUGAAAUAACAGCACUUGAAAGUAUUUAUACAGCUGAAGAAUUUUCUCACCAAGAAAUCAACGGUCAAUACCAAUGUACUUUCAAAGUUUUCAUAAAUCUUCGAGAAGGAUAUUGGGUUUCUUAUAAAGAUACGCGUCAGAAAGAAUCAGCUGAUGAAAAGAUAACAGUUUGUCACUUGCCUCCAUUGACUUUAUUCGUUCCUCUUCCACGAGAAUAUCCCUCCCAGCCACCUUCAGAAUUCACACUUUGCUGUUCUUGGUUACGUCUCAAAGACAUUACAAAACUGUGUAAAAAAUUAGAUAAACUCUGGAAAGAGAACGAGGGACAGGAGAUAUUAUUCACCUGGAUUGCAUUCCUACAAGAUGAGACCCUCAAGUACUUGGAUAUAGAGAACAAUUUGAAUAUUGAUUCCACGUACACAUUGUAUAAAACAGCAUCAGAGAAAGCGCAAAAAACAGGAGUAGCUAAUGCCAGCAGUGCUAGUGACAUAGAUAAAGCGAAGAAAUCAAUGAAAAAUAAAAUGAUGCAAAAGCGGAAUUACAGAGGACACCGAGGCAAUCGAAAAUUCGAUCAUAGAGCAAUAGUUGAUCGACCUAUUAAUAAAAAUCCUGUACAUUAUUUACUAGAUUACAAUGAGAGACGUAUAAGCAUUGAGUUUAAGAAGAAUUUUUACACUUGUAAAAUUUGCUUCGCGGACAAAUCCGGAGAAUCGUGCAUACAGUUUAAACCAUGUCUUCAUGUAUUCUGUAAAGAAUGUAUGACUGGAUAUUUGGAGGUCAGAAUUGAGGAUGGGGCUGUGCAAAAUAUUUGCUGUCCUGGGGAAAAGUGCACCUCUGAGGUGACUCCGGGACAGAUUAAAGAAUUAGUAAGCAGUGAAUUAUUUGUUAAAUAUGAUUCCAUUCUAUUGAGUGCUACUUUGGAUACCAUGUUGGAUAUUGUCUAUUGUCCAAGGAGAGAUUGUCAGUAUCCAGUGAGCAAAGAACCAAACGAAAAAAUGGCUAGUUGUCCCAGCUGCCAAUAUACUUUCUGUGUUAAUUGUAAAAUGGUUUAUCAUGGAAUUGAACCGUGCAGAUUUACUGCAGCUGACAAACAAAGACUUGUCAGUGAGUACGAGGCUGCAACGGAUGCCCAGAAACUGGCGCUUGAAAAUCGUUAUGGAAAGAAGCAAUUGCAAAUGCUGGUUGAAAAUACCAUGUCAGAAAACUGGAUAUCGAACAAUAGUCAUAAUUGUCCCCACUGUAAUGCAGCAAUUGAGAAAUUCGAUGGCUGUAAUAAGAUGACAUGCGGUCGUUGCAACACGUACUUCUGCUGGCUCUGCGGUAGUCGAUUGAAUCACGAGACUCCGUACGUCCAUUACCAAAAUCCUCAGUCCAAAUGUUACAAAAUGCUUCAUCAUGGAUUGGUCGAGGAUGAAGAUUCUGAUGAUGAGAUUGACUUCAAUGCAAUGUACUUGGAUUUUGAUUCCGAUGAUAAUGAUGAUGAUGAACUGUAUGAUGAAGAUUUUUUCAUUGAUGUUAACGUAUGAAUCAUUUGGCCAAUAUAUUAUUCAAUACCUUA